AGGACACACUGCUACUCCAAAAUGCCACACCCCAAAACCAACUUCAAUUCUCUUGCGAAGUUGCCGGAAAUGCCUCCUCCUCCGCUUGUUUACAACGUCGGUGACAAAGUAGAAGUGAUCGGCAGGGAGAAGGGUUUCGUUGGUUCAUAUUUCGAGGCGACCAUUGUCUCUGCCCUCGAUGAUGGCCGCUACGAGGUUAAGUACGAGAACCUCAUGCAGGACGGGAAGCCCAGGGCUCAUCUGAAGGAGAAAGUGCCGGCGAAGGACCUCCGCCCGAGGCCGCCUCGUGUCGAACCCGGCGGUGUAUUUGAGUCGGAUCAGAGUGUAGACGUGUUCACCAAUGGUGGGUGGUGGAAAGGGAUGAUCAUCGGGGAGAUGGACAAGGAGCGGUCUGUGUACUGCGUGAAUUUCACCAAGCCCAAGAACGAGUAUCAUGAGUUCCGUUCGUCUCGCAUCAGGGCUCACCAUGAGUUUCUUUCAGGGAGGUGGUUCCAAAUGCCAUGAUCAAUGGCAAGGUGUCGUUGUAAUGGGUUUUCUUUUGUUCUUGUUGUUGGAUUUUGGAUAUGGGGUUAUGGGUCUCUGUGUGAUGAACCUUUUUGUAUUAAUUUGCAAUUGGUAAUUGGUAAUUGGUAAUUGGUUCAGUUACAACA